AUCACAUGGUGGUUUGUCGGCGUUAAUGUCAUGUUUAUCUGCAUUUUAUUCACUUUAUAAAUGAAUUAAUAAAUUAUUUAUUGGUACAGCUUAAAAAUAUUAUGUACAUCUAUGUAUCAAGAACAUCAUAUGGCUGUAAAAAUAUUCGAGUGAAGUGUAUGAAAUUCAUAGGUAACAUAACCUUAAAUUUUGCAAGAAUAAUCUUGUAAUCAUGGAAGUCGGUGCUGUUAAACAGGCUUUUAACAAUGAGCUUAUUCUAUUGAAGAAAAAACUAAACCAAGCUAAAAUCCAGAUCAUCCACAAACUAACAAGGAAAUCUAAAACUCUUGUUGAAAAGAAAGCUCCUGAAAACCUAAAGGAAAAGUUGAAGAGAAAGGCAACAGCUGCUGUGAACGAAGUCUUAAUAAUAAAGAAAAUCAAACCCAAGGAUCUCGCCAAGUUCAUAAUCACACACAAAGGUGACCUUAAUAGUUAUUUGAAUAAACCCAAUGUCGACCAAGAUAAGGCCUGUGCCCGGCUUCUACUCCACAAGUCUCUUCAGGACAAGUACAAAUUCAUAAGGAGCAGGUUCUCAUCAGUGCCCAUUGAUGACUUGCUGAUGUCUAGAGAAGAAAGAAAGAAAAUGAAGAAAGAGGCCAAAGAGAAACAGAAAAAUAAAAAGAAAGGCAAAGAGGCAAAGGUUGUUAAUGCAGAAGGAGAAUGGGAUGUAGAAGAUAUUGAAAUGACUGGCAAUUUGAAUACUGAUAAAAACUUAUCUGACGAUGAUGAUGAUGAGCUUGCAGAAAAAGAUGAUUGUAUGGAUGAAGAUGAUGGGGAUGAACCAAGGGAGAAUAUUUCAGAUGAUGAUAAGUCUAAUGAAAAAGAAGAAUCUUCAGAUGAUGAGGAAAUGGAUCGAGACAGUGAAUCUGAAAAUGAAUCGAAUGAUGAAAAUGGUAAAGAGUCUGAUAGUGAAUCUAAAAUUGGCGAGGAUUCAGAAUCCGAUGUUGAAACACCAAGCUCUACUGGUAAAUUAGCUAAAGCUAUUACAGCAGAUACUAAGAAGGUUAAUCCUAAAACUACUAGUAAAGUAUCUGAUGUUAAAACCCAACAAGAUGUAAAGCCUAAACCCCUUAAGCUUAACAAAAAAUUAGAUAAUAAAAAAGAUAAGCAUAAACAAGGCAAAAAUAAAAACCUAAACGAGAAAUUGCUGUCACGUAAGUUCAAGAAAGAUGUCAGCGAAAGUCCGGUUCCAGAGAAUAAGGUAGUUGAUCCGUUCUUCAUCACAUCGACUGGUGAGAAUUACAUGUCGGUUGUAGAGCCGAGACCCCCAGAUGAGGUGAAAGAGGUACACAAACAAGGUAAUAGGAAAAUUAGGAGAGCCGCCAUGUUCGGCCAUGUCCCCAAAAUAAAACCAAGAAAUGACAACUUUGCACCCGAUAAUAGGUUUAACAAACAGAAUGGAUUUAACAAAAAUAGUACAAAUAAGUAUGACCAAGACAGUUUUGGCAAGUUUAAAAAUGAUAGCAGGAAAUUCACGGAUAAAAGGUCUAAUUUUGAUAGGAACGAAGAACCGAAGCAAAUUGAAUCGAAGCCAGAAAAGUUACAUCCGUCGUGGGAGGCUAAAAAACGUCAGUCCGGUAUAAAACCUUUCCAGGGUAAAAAGAUUGUGUUUGAUGAGAGUUGAUGGAGUCACUAGUUUUAGUUUUAUUUUGUAAGUAAUGGACAAUUACAUUAUUCUAUAUUUUUAAUAGAUUUUAUUAUUAUUGAA